AGAAGGACAGAGCUGAUCGGAUAGAUACGCAGGGAGAGACAGAGAGAGAUGGCGAAGAAGGCUUUGUUGAUAGGGUGCAAUUACCCAGGGACGAAAGCGGAGCUGAAGGGAUGCAUCAACGACGUCAAGCGGAUGCACCGCUGCCUCACCGAGCGCUACGACUUCUCCGACGAGGACAUCACCGUCCUUAUCGACACCGACGACUCCUACGUCCAGCCCACCGGCAAGAACAUCCGCCGCGCCUUAGCCGACCUCGUCCGGUCCGCCGAGCCCGGCGAUCUCCUCUUCGUCCACUACAGCGGCCACGGCACCCGCCUCCCUGCCGAGACCGGCGAGGAGGACGACACCGGCUACGACGAAUGCAUCGUCCCCUGCGACAUGAAUCUCAUCACCGAUGAUGAUUUCAGGGAGUUUGUGGACCAGAUACCCGAUGGCUGCCGCAUAACGAUCGUCUCUGAUUCGUGCCACAGCGGCGGUCUCAUCGAGCAGGCCAAGGAGCAGAUCGGGGACAGCACCAGGCCCGAUGGAUCCGAAGAAGAGAGCUCGGGUUUUGGAUUUAAGAGUUUCCUGCAUCAGAAAGUGAAGGAUGCGUUCGAGUCCCGGGGAGUCCACAUUCCCUCGGGGCUCCGCCACCACAGGCACCACGAAGAAGGAGGAGGGGAUGGAGAUCGGGAGGUCGAGAUCGCUGAUGGAGAGCUCGGCUACGUGAAGAGCAGGUCGCUGCCGCUCGACACUCUGAUCGAUAUACUGAAGCAGAAGACGGGAAAGGAUGAUAUAGAUGUUGGGAAGCUGCGGCCAACCCUUUUCGACAUCUUCGGGGAUGACGCCAGCCCCAAGGUGAAGAAGUUCAUGAAGGUGAUCCUGGACAAGCUGCAGCACCGUCAGGGGGAAGACGGUGAGGGCGGCGGGGGGUUCCUGGGCAUGGUCGGGAGCUUGGCCCAGGAGUUUCUCAAGCAGAAGCUUGAUGAGGGCGACGAAGGGUAUGCAAAGCCCGCAAUGGAGGUCGAGGUCGGAAGCAAGCAAGAGGCCUACGCGGGAACAACAAAACGGUCAUUCCCGGAUGGUGGGAUCCUGAUCAGUGGGUGUCAGACCGACCAGACUUCGGCGGAUGCGAGCCCCUCAGGGAAUGCCCGCGAGGCAUACGGGGCUUGUAGCAAUGCCAUACAGACCAUAAUAGCAGAGACAGACGGUGCGGUCAGCUACCAGGAGCUCGUAGUAAGGGCGAGGGAGAUGCUCAAGAGCCAGGGCUUCACUCAGCGCCCCGGCCUCUAUUGCAGCGACCACCACCUUGAGUCCUCCUUCGUUUGCUGACCCCAUCCGGAAUCCCGCAACCAUUUCCUGUAACCACUACGAUCGUGGCAUAAAGAUAUCGACAUUGCAAGGAGCGGUAACAAGAAAUGGUAUCGGGAGGCUCGGAUUACAGACUUUCACCAGCGAGAAGAAAAUGAAUGCUGUUUACAGUUGUGUGGCUUUUAUCUUUUGCUAUUUGCUGUUGCUUGUUGAGUUUGGGCAGUGAGACUGAUGCUGGAAGAUAAUAAUAAAAUAUAAAUUAAAUAAUAAAAAA